AAUCAAAAACCAGCCCAAUCGACAUCGAACACGGCCUCCCGUGGCCCAUUCCGUCCAUUCGUCAGCAGCACGUUGCACACGCGGGUGUCUGUCGUUUGUCAUACCGAGUAUUCGCGACCGCCCUCGAAUCGAGAGACAUUCGUUUUUACCCUACUCUCUCUUGUCUCUCCCAUUUUCCGUUCUUCUUCACCUUUGACACUACUGCAGCUACCUUACCAGAUCAUCUAUUUGGGUAGUUGAAAGUUGACAGUCUACGCAGAAUGGUGCCUGGAACGCUCGAUCAUUGAGGCUCUUGAGUUUCGAUCGAUGACUUGACUCUUCCCGGCUCCCUAUUCCCAGCUCCGGAUGGACAUCCCCGCGGGACGGACCUAGCCAAACCCAGCUUUAGGGUCGUCGAGGUUGAAUUACGCACUACAUUGGACUCGGACCUCGCCUCCGACAUGUCACAUGGACACUUCACUGGUGCGGGCCAGUCGCAGCGUAACAAGUUGACAAACCAUACACGCAGGCAAACUAGGGUGCCCUCGAACCCAUCAGGUCUGGGGAACGGUUGAACCAGUCAAGUUCAACAGAGUCGAUGAAAAGUGUAUCAGACUUUCUACAAAGGUACCUCUCCAUCUUAGGGUACAAUGUGCUACUGCUAGCCCCAGGUCCCGGAUCCGUCUUCUGGUUCCCCCGUCACCGUCCCAAGUCCACGUCCAUGUCAACCACCGUCACCCAACCCCGUUCCUUGUCUCUGGUUUAGGAACCAGUGAGGGGGAAGGGGGCUCUCUGAGUCUGGAGUCUGCUUUGCUUUUCCUCCCCAGCUGGAAUACCACGCAUCGACUAAAGCCUACACUACUGUACCGGCACUGGAGCCACGGAUCCCCGAGCGAACCCUUCGAAGCCAUUGAUUGUCCCAGCUAGUACGCUAAACCCAGAACUUCGGCCCGUCGCCAUGCGCCGUGGCGGUAACUGACAUCUCGUUGUCUCAUUCCCAUCUGUGCUUCCUCUCGCCUCGUCCAAUCUUUCUUUUCUUUUUCUUUCUUAUUGCCCUUCAGGUGGUUGCUAGGAUAAUUGAUACACCAACUCGCCAACAACACACUUGUCCACUUGCCCUGAGCUCAUCCCAACCAAGAACACAAACUAGCAUCCCUUUUUGGGUCUCGAGAGGAACGUAUAUAACAGCGCUCUUUUUCACCGCCAUCUGCCUAUUCCCCUAACUUUCAGUUUCUCUCUUGGGCUCUUCUUCUCUGAUCUUUUGUGGACUUGGAUUCUUUUCCCAAAGUCACAACCUUGAGGAAAUACCGCAGAAAAAGGCGGCGUCUUCCGGGUACUUUCUUUCCGUUGUGACUCUUGUCUCUUGGCCGGAACGGAACCUCAUACUAUCUUUCUCCACAAAUCCUCCGUCAUCUUCACCUCCAAUAACUGCGCCUCUUGGUGUAAAGACUGAGUACCAUCUCACUCGCAAACUACUUACUCUAGCAUUUUCUCCCCUCUUCAACAAAAAUCCUACCUCGAAGCCCAAGAAUCACUUUAGUUGGGAGUUCAUCCUAUAGCAAAACCCUUUUUCAUCACAGAUCAAGCAAGCAACGAACAUCAUGCAGUCCGGCGGCCCUUCUCCCCUGCCAUCAUUCCCGGCAUCCCGGGAUGGCACACCCAGUGGCAACGGCACCAACACCAACGGAACCACGAAUGGUAACACCAAUGGCACCAACGGUACCACGAAUGGCGUGGUGAAGAGAACCAAGAUUUGCGUCUACUGCGGCGCCUCUCCCGGUUUCAAGCCUCAGCACAUGGAAGCCGCCCGUGAGUUAGCAAGAAUCAUGGCUGAGAACAACAUUGAUCUUGUCUACGGUGGUGGAACCGUCGGUCUGAUGGGAGAGGUGGCAAAGACUCUCGUUUCCCUCGCCGGUCCGGACUCGGUCCACGGCAUCAUCCCCGAGGCCCUCGUCAAGUAUGAGCGUGACGGCACCUACGGCACCAUCAACAAGGACAACAUGUACGUCCCCGACGAGACCGUCUACGGCCGCACCACCGUUGUCAAGGACAUGCACACCCGCAAGCAGAUGAUGGCCAAGGAGGUCUUCGCCGGCGGCCCCGGCAGCGGCUUUGUCGCCCUGCCCGGCGGCUACGGCACCAUCGAGGAGGUUCUCGAGACGGCCACCUGGAACCAGCUGGGCAUCCACGACAAGGGCAUCUGUCUCCUCAACAUCAACGGCUUCUACGACGGCAUCCUCGAGUGGGUGAACAAGAGUGUCGAGGAGGGCUUCAUCAAGGCCGCCAACGCCGACAUCCUCGUCACCGCUACCACCCCCGAGGGUGCCAUCACGGCGCUCAGGGAUUACCAGGUCUCCGCGGCCACCUUCAAGCUCGACUGGACCAACUCUUAGAUCAUAUUGGUAGUCUGUCGGCAAUGCUUUCCAAAAAACGGAACUUUGUGUGCAGGAACCAGAGACGGAGAAAGAUAGAUGGUGUGUGCAAUGUAAAAGCGGAUGCGUACCGGAGUCUUGGCGCCCUUUCGUGUUUCCCAACUCCUAUACGUUCAGGCUCGGUAGGUGGUCCGGUUGGAUAAAAUGAAGCGAAGCGAGGAAAGUGAGUCUUUUUCCCUCCACUCCGAUCGUUGGUGACACGCGGAACAAGACAUUCAAAGAAAGGGGUAUGGACGGGGGAUCGGUCGGCUAUCUAUCAUGUCACAUCGGUGUUGGCUGCACGUAUUGUAGUUUGAUAGACCUUCAUGAGUUACACAACCCAAUAAAGCAAACCUGC